AUGAUGGGACCAUUGAAGAGUCCUGUCUUCAUCUUGAUCCUCCACCUUCUGGAAGGGGUUCUGAGCAAUUCCCUCAUCCAGCUCAACAACAAUGGCUAUGAAGGCAUCGUCAUCGCCAUCGACCACAAUGUGCCAGAAGAUGAAGCCCUCAUUCAACAGAUAAAGGACAUGGUAACUCGGGCCUCCCCAUACCUGUUUGAAGCUACAGGGAAAAGAUUUUAUUUCAAAAAUGUUGCCAUUUUGAUUCCUGAAAACUGGAAGACAAAACCUGAUUAUGAGAGGCCCAAACUCGAAACCUUCAAAAAUGCUGAUAUCCUGGUGUCGGCAACUAGCCCUGUAGGUGAAGACCAGCCGCACACUGAGCAUGUAGGCGCAUGCGGAGAAAAGGGAAUCAGGAUCCACCUGACGCCUGACUUCUUAGCAGGAAAGAAGCUGAAAGAGUAUGGACCACAAGAGAAGGCCUUUGUCCAUGAGUGGGCUCAUUUCCAGUGGGGAGUGUUUGAUGAAUACAACAAUGAGGAGAAAUUCUACGUAUCCAAAGGAAGAAUAGAAGCAGUAAGAUGUUCAGCAGCUAUUUCCGGGAAAAAUGUAGUUCGUUGGUGCCAGGGAGGCAGUUGUGUCGAUAAAGGAAGCUGCAGAAAGGACCCACUAACAGGACUGUAUAAAAAAGAUUGUGUGUUCAUACCAGAUAAGCAACAAAGUGAGAAGGCGUCCAUAAUGUAUGAUCAAACCAUUGACUCUGUGGUUGAGUUCUGUACAGAAAAAAAUCACAAUAAGGAAGCUCCAAAUGCCCAAAACCAACGAUGCAACCUCCGCAGCACAUGGGAAGUCAUCCAGGAGUCUGAGGACUUUCAACAAGCCACUCCCAUGACGACUCAGCCGCCCACACCCACCUUCUCAUUGCUGCAGAUUGGACAGAGAAUUCUGUGUUUAGUUCUUGAUAAGUCUGGGAGCAUGACGAACGAUGGCCGUCUUAACCGAAUGAAUCAGGCAAGCAAGCUUUUCCUGCUGCAGACCGUGGAGCAGGGGUCCUGGGUCGGGAUGGUGACAUUUGACAGUGCUGCCUACGUACAAAGUGAACUCAAGCAGAUCAACAGUGCUACUGACAGGGACCUGCUGGCAAAAAGUUUACCCACGAUAUCUUCAGGAGGGACGUCUAUAUGCUCUGGGCUUCAAACAGCAUUUACAGUGAUUAAGAAGAAAUAUCCAACUGAUGGAUCUGAAAUUGUGCUGCUCACUGAUGGGGAGGACAGCACCAUCAGCACCUGCUUUGACCUAGUGAAGAAGAGUGGGGCCAUCAUCCACACAGUAGCUCUGGGACCGGCUGCUGCUAAAGAGCUUGAGCAGCUUUCCACAAUGACAGGAGGUUUGCAGACAUAUGCUUCUGAUCAAGCUCAGAACAAUGGUCUUGUUGAUGCUUUCGCAGCCCUUUCAUCAGGAAAUGGAGCUGUCUCUCAGCGCUCCAUCCAGCUGGAGAGCAGGGGAGUAAACCUCGAGAAGAACCAGUGGAUGAACGGCUCAGUGAUCGUGGACAGCACAGUGGGGAAGGACACGUUAUUUCUUGUCACCUGGACAACACAGGCUCCUCAAAUUCUUCUCUGGGAUCCCAGUGGAACAAAACAAGGUGGUUUUGUCAUAGACACAACCACCAAGAUGGCCUACUUCCAAGUCCCAGGCACUGCCAAGGUUGGCUCUUGGAAAUACAGCCUGCAAGCGAGCUCACAAACUCUCACUCUGACUGUCACCUCCCGUGCAGCAAGUGCGACACUGCCUCCAAUUACAGUGACCCCAAUAGUGAAUAAGAACACAGGAAAGUUCCCCAGCCCUGUAAGAGUGUAUGCAACUAUUCGCCAAGGAGCCUCACCCAUUCUCAGGGCUAGUGUCACAGCCUUGAUUGAAUCUGUGAAUGGAAAAACAGAGACCCUGGAAUUACUGGAUAAUGGAGCAGGUGCUGAUGCUACCAAGAAUGACGGUGUCUACUCAAGGUUUUUUACCGCUUUUGAUACAAAUGGUAGAUACAGCAUAAAAAUAUGGGCUCUGGGAGGAGUUACUGCAGACAAACAGAGAAUGUUACCUCAGAAGAAUGGAGCCAUGUACAUAGAUGGUUGGAUUGAAGAUGGUGAAAUAAAAUUCAAUCCUCCACAUCCUGAAACUAAUAAUGUUCAAGACAAACAACCGUGCUUCAGCAGGACAUCUUCGGGGGGAUCAUUCACAGCCUCUAAUGUCCCCUCGGCUCCCAUUCCUGACCUCUUUCCACCUUGCCAAAUCACCGACCUGAAGGCCAGCAUCCAGGGGCACAACCUCGUGAAUCUGACUUGGACGGCUCCUGGGGAUGAUUACGACCAUGGGAAAGCUUCCAAGUACAUCAUCCGAAUAAGCACAAGUAUUGUUGAUCUCAGAGACAAGUUCAAUAUCUCAGUCCAAGUGAACACUACUGAUCUCAUCCCCAAGGAGGCCAACUCUGAGGAAAUCUUUCAGUUUGAACUGGAAGACAGUAGUUUUGGAAAUGGCACAGAUAUCUUCAUUGCAAUCCAGGCUGUGGAUAAAUCCAAUCUGAAAUCAGAAAUAUCUAACAUUGCGCGGGUAUCUCUGUUCAUCCCCACUGAAGAGCCACCCACAUCUGAAGACACAACUCCUCCUUGUCCUGAUAUUAGUAUCAACAGCACCAUUCCUGGCAUCCAUGUGUUAAAAAUAAUGUGGAAGUGGCUAGGGGAAAUGCAGGUGACGCUAGGCUUGCACUGA